UCCAACUGAGAAUCGGAGGCUCCAUCAAAUGCCCGUAGCAAUUGCCUCUGCCGCAGCCCCAAACUUUCGUUACUUCAAGACUCUGAACCUCAACACUCGAUUCUCUUCCUCACUGUGCGCAAUUGCUCGGGAUAAGAAAGAUAUGUUCACAACAGUCAGUAGUAGUAGUAGCGGAAAUGCAGGCGCAUACACCACGAUCAAAGAGAUUGUGAGAUUCGAAAAAGAAAUCAAGAAGAGCAAGUUCAUCGCCAUCGCUGGUCCUGUCACCAAUGAGCAGUCUGCCUUCUCUUUUCUCUCCCAGGUACGGGAACCGCGAGCUACUCACAAUUGCUGGGCGUAUCAGGUUGGAGAUCAAUUUAGGUCUAAUGAUGAUGGCGAGCCAUCUGGUACUGCUGGAAAACCAAUUCAUUCUGCUAUUGUCUCUUCGGGUAUUGACAGAGUCAUGGUGGUUGUGAUCAGGUAUUUUGGAGGUAUCAAACUCGGGACUGGGGGACUAGUCAGGGCUUAUGGGGGAGUAGCUUCCGAAUGCCUGAAAAGUGCUCAAACAUGUGUCGUGAAAUCUAAGGUUCCAAUGGGUGUGGAGGUACCAUUCAAUCUUCUAGGGGCUUUGUACCACCAGAUGCAAUCUUUUCACGUUGAGGACAUUAAGCAGGAUUAUGACUGUGGUAAAGAUGGUAUUACCAUGGUGACAUUCAAGGUUGAUUUCGACCGUGUUGAGAAGCUGGAGGAUGCUAUCAAAUCUAAUUGUAGCCGUGAAUUAAUCUUUUACAAGCAAUAAAUUAUACAGCUGUUCUUUGUACAUGAAUGCAGAGAAGGGAGAUACACAUCAAUAUAAAGAAAUCAAGUAUGCAUCCAAUCAAUGGCGGGUGGCUUAUGAGGUAAGUGAAUGAUGACUUUGUACAACUAUUUACAUUGCACAAUAAUCUAGAUAUCCUUUGUAAAAUACAUUUCCCAUUGAAAUGAAUAUUUAGUUAGUUCACGGCC